AUGCUUCGCCCCUGGACCCCCUUUCCACGUUGCGCGGGUGGGGCGGAAGUCGAGAGCACAAGAGAGCCUCCGCCAGUCAUAGGAUCGGCGGGAACGCCGGAGAUCUUCGAGCAAGGCGGCACGGCGUCCGUGAUUCGUCGCGCUGUGAUUAUUGGAAAUGGCCAUCCUGGAAGCGAACACCAGUGCUUGGGCCUUGUGCGAGCUCUGGGACUCGGGGGUUCCAUGGAAAUUCAGAGAGUUGUUCAUUCCUCUGGCAAACCGUUAGAAACAGCAGCAGGUUCUACUAACGGUAGGAAUGGCACUUUCGCCAAUGGCACCUUCGCCAAUGGCACCUUCUCCAAUAGCACCUUCGCCAAUGGCACUUUCGCCAAUAACAACACCACCAAUAGAGCCUUCGCCAAUGGCACCUUCGUCAAUGGCACGAGUUCUUCACCAUUUCAUACCUCUGACCCUUUCCAUCCUCGUUAUGAGCCGACUCAACACACGCCCAGAUCCGUGCUACAUCCCAGAAGCAGCACUGUCUCCGCCCAGCGGCCUCGUAUCCUAUCAGAAGCUUCCACGUCAGCGUUUCUCCCUGCCGCUGCUCCAGCGGACCCUGCUGCCAUUGCCAGAGAGGCAAAUGAGACCCUCGAAAGUGAGGGUCCAGUGCUGGUGGUGGCAGCAGGGAGGGACACAGCGGCAGCAGCAGCAGAGGUGAAGCGCCUAGCGCCCAGCUCCACCCUGGUGGUGCAGAUACAGCACCCCAGAAACGACCUCCACCAGUACGACCUGGUGGUGGCGCCUCUGCACGACUUCUACGGGCUCACAGCAGCAGCCGGCAGGGAGGUGCCUUCGUGGAUACUCAAGUGGAUCGCCCCUGCUCCACCUGCCAAGAAUGUGGUGUUGACAACUGGUGCGUUGCACAUAGCAGAGCCAUCUCUCCUCCGCUCAGCAGCUGCCACGUGGCACUCUCUCAGUGACUUCCCCAAGCCCCUUGUUGUGGUCAACAUAGGUGGACCCACACGUCACUGUAGCUACCGCCCAGAUUUGAUUGCACAGCUGGCAAGGACACUCAAGGAGAUGCUACAGGAGUGCCAGGGGUCUCUCAGCAUCUCGUUUUCCAGAAGAACGCCCAUGGCGAUGGAGCGAGUGCUGCAGCAGGAGCUGAAGGAUCAAGAUGCUGUUUACAUAUGGGAUGGUCAAGGUCUGGACCCUCACUUGGGUAACCUCGCCUGGGCGGAUGCGUUUAUAAUCACAGCAGAUUCUGUCAGCAUGAUCAGUGAAGCGUGCUCCACAGGCAAGCCAGUGUACGUGGUAGGCGGGGAGAACUGCAAGUGGAAGAUCGCCGAGUUUCACCGAACCCUUCAGCGCAGGGGAGCCAUCCGGCCUUUCAACAGCUCUGUCAAUCUUGCAAGUACAUGGAGCUACCCACCGUUGACAGACAAUGUGGACGUUGCAACACGAGUCCGCGCGGAAGUGGCCAAGCGUGGAUGGGUCUUACACCCCUCUAGAUACCUAGAUAUUUCUAAAACUAUGUAG